UAAUCUUAGAACAAGCCACUCACUCCGAAUCGGUCGAGAUAUUUGUAAUAUCAGUAAUGGCGCCAUGCUGAAUAGUACAACUAUAAAUCUAGAUUCAUUUAUGUAGCUUCUCUAUCCUAAAUUUACUCCCACUCCCAUGUUAAAAAUUCUCAGGGGGGCAUCGAGUGCUUACCAGGUAGUUAUAGUUGCAAUAUUUAGAAUUUCUGUGUUUCGAUAUGCCUGAAACGUUUGGACCGGCUUUCGAGGGCCAGUCUCAGCCGCUUCUGAGUUUCGGGUUGCCAUUGACCGAAUCACUCGUCAAGCAUGCAGAUGAUACUUUCCAUGCAUCUCGAAUUUAUAUUAUCUGUUCUAGAUCCCUUGCGAGAAAUACGACAUAUCUUGACGACCUCAAAGAAGUUCUAGGUGAUAAAGUUGCUGGUGUCAGGGUCGGUCUGAAACCCCAUUCCCUCUGGUCGGAGAUACUGGAAAUCGUGGAGGACACAAGGAAUUGUGAUACAGACUUGAUAGUUACAUUGGGCGCAGGGAGUCUAACAGAUUCAGCCAAGAUAAUAUCAUUUGCUCUGGCAAACAACGUCUCGACACAUGCUGAACUAGAUACCCUCAUGCCAACAAGCUCUCGGAAACGCGACGAUAUUAAGCCAUCGAAGGUACCUGUUGUCUGUAUCCCAACAUCUUUAUCUGGCGGCGAAUAUUCUGCCUUUGCCGGAGCGACGAAUGACGAGACAGGACAAAAACACACUUUUUCAGGUGCUUUAAAAAGCCCUGCGUUGGUCAUCCUCGAUCCGGAGCUUGCUACAACAACCCCUGAGAAAGUUUGGUUGAGCACCGGUAUCAAGGCCGUUGAUCACUGUGUAGAGACUCUUUGUUCUCUAAAAAGCGACGACGCAGCGGAUCGAGAUGCCAGACACGGUUUGGCUAAGCUUAUCCCAGGCUUAAUAAAGACCAAGCAAAACCCCAACAAUCUUGAGGCACGGCUAGAAACCCAAUUGGGAGCUAGAGAUGCUAUGAGCGCAGCUACUCGAGGCGUACCGGUAGGAGCAAGCCAUGGUAUUGGUCACCAAUUGGGUCCCGCAGGUGUCAGUCACGGCGAGACUAGUUGCAUUCUGAACCCUGCCGUGUGCAAAUACAAUUACAAAAAGGGUGCAAACAUUGCACGACAAGAUGCCAUCAGCGAACUCCUAUGGGGAGACUCCAAAGCUCGUGAGAUCUUUGAGCAAAAGAACUUGAAUAGGGAUACAGCUGAUCUGGGUGACCUAAUGGAUGCCAUCAUCCGUGCUCUUGGAUUACCAAGGACGCUUAGGGAGUUCGGAAUCGGGGAGGAUAGACUUGACCGGAUCGCUGAGCUUAGUUUGGAAGAUCGAUCGACUAAAACCAAUCCAGCGCCCCUAGACAAGGAAGGCGUUCUCGAUAUCUUGAAAAUGGUACUCGAAUAAGUUGUGUUCGCAAUUAGUCUUGUCUCAUAUGGAAUAGGAUAAUAAAAUGAAUCAAUGCCCCAUCCCAUGCUCCAUGCUUAGAACUACACGUAUUAGCCUUUGCAGCUAGUUUAAUAUCAACGGACCAUAACUGUCAAAAUAUGCUGAGCCUCUUGUCAUAGCAAACGGUAUCACGCCUCUGGUCCAGAAUCUACUUUCUCAGACUGUCGAGGCGGGCUUGGAGGUCAUCGUCACCAGGAUCUCCUCCGCCGCCACCACUGCUAGGGCCGCCGAUGGCUUGGGCGAUCCGACUAUCGGCAACUUUCUCGCCCUGGAGGCCCGUUGGAGUCUCUCCAAA